CGCGAAAAGUGAAGUGAAUCAUAACAACAAAUCUGAGGAAAUUUACUUUAAAAAUUAGAAAUAUUUAUAGUACUGCAUACUUUAUAAUGCUUCUCUAAUCGAAAAACGUACAUCUAUCGACUCGGUAACAGUUUACUCUAGAAAUGAAGUUCCAGUUCCUACCGUGGAGCCGUUUUCCAUUGUUCGCCUUGUUGCUGCUCGGAUUCGUCGGUGUGCCUGCGAAUGGGGGAGACAUAAUCGAUAUUACGGACUUGGUGUUCGGUUCGAUGACCGACACUAUUCCUGCCGCAUAUGGCGACUUCAACUCCGACGAGCUGUUCGACGUAUUUGUUCUGCGAAAUAACUUUCGGACGGUGCAAAUCUUGUUCGGAAGCGACGACAAACCGUUACUACAGGAAGGACCCAAGUGUGAGUACAACAAAUUUCAUAUAACCAGUGUGAUUCCGGGAGAUUUUGACGGUGAUGCCUACAUGGACGUAAUGUUUACGGUAAAGCAUGGAGAAGGAGACCAUCAGGCGGUAUACAUCAACUGGGGAGGUUCAGAGUAUAUGAACUGUACCCGGGAAGAUGAAGAACCGGUGAUUGUCAUGCGAGGACAACCACUUGCUCUUGACUAUGACAAGGAUUUUAUCAUCGAUCUGUUUGGUAUAAGUACGGAAGGAAAACGAAUGUUUUGGAUUUUCAAAAACCAGAAAGAUGGCCACCGAAGGCCACCAGAUGUAAUUCAGAUGGAGUCGCGUUUCAACCAAGACUUGAAAAUUCCACAUUCGCACGCGAUCGUUGAUCUGAACAAAGACUUCACAGCGGACCUGUUCCUUGCAACCACUGGCGAUUACGAGGUGUGGAAUGGGACAGAACCAAAUGGUGGGUUUGAGUUCAGUCACAGGAUUAAAGCGCCCGAUGGAAACCUCGGCGGACACACCGGUCAAUCGAUCUUUUUGGAUGUGGAAUUGGACGGAAAUUUGCUGCAGAUUGUGCCGGUUUGCUUUGACAAACGUUGUCAAAAUUCUAGUAUAUUGGUGUAUCAUGGAAAUCAUUUCCACGAUCUGCACAUCGAUUUUAAAGAUGAUCACAACGACCUGUGGGGAUUCGUGGUUCCAAAUCAGGCCGAUUGGUCCGCACAAGCCAUAACGCUUCGUGGAGGCGACUUUAAUCUGGAUGGCUAUCCGGAUCUGUUGGCUACUCUUUCGAAAUCGAAUCAGAUGCAAACGUUUUUGCUGGAAAAUGUAGUCUGCGAAAAAGUUGCCUGUGGUCACAUGAAAAGAACAUUUGUUGUUCGCUGGAAAGCACUAGCACCGUUUGCAAACGGAACAAUCAUGGCUUCUUUCUAUGAUUUCUACAAUGACGGUAUUUUGGAUGUGAUUCUCGUAGAGAAAACAUCCAACUCCACUCGACUGGUAGCGUUUCGAAACUCGCUGGAUUACGAUGCCAAUUUUGUAAAGGUAAUCGUUCUAACUGGAUUGUCCAAUCGUACCGGUCCCAAGAAAUUGACCCCACUAGGAAGGAAGAAAAGAACUUACGGAACAAAUCUUCCCGGUCCACGUAUAGAAUAUAACACAACCACUCAAGACGGAGAUCCACAGCACGGUGCUUCGGCUCAGCUUCCACAAUCCGCUUACUUUUCGCUGCACCUGCCCUACACCACGUUCGGUCUCGGUCGCACUCCGAACUUUGUGGAUUCGCUAACGGUUGGCCUAUCGAAUCAUUCUCGCACCUGGACUCAGUUGAUUCCCAACUCGCAGAUGAUUGUCGUACCGAAGCCGAUUCACGAACCGGACAAGUGGAAGGCGCAACUCUUCGUCACUCCCAGCAAGCUCAUUUUGAUGAGUGUCGUUGCUCUCGGCGGUAUCUGUCUGGUGAUACUGUUACUGAUACUGAUACUGUACGCUAAGGAAAAACGUGAGGACAAAAUACAGAGAUCGUUGGAAGCGCAUCGUUUUCACUUCGAUGCUAUGUGAAAGAGACCAGGGCUGGCCCAUUCAGAAGGUAAAUUUUUUGCAGUCGUUUGAUAAACUUUUUUUUUCUAUUGUAAGCGGUAUUAUUUAUGCGUGUGAUAUAGCUCCUUUUUGACUAGUUUAUUUUUAACGGUAAAAUCGAAUAGUGAUGUUUAUUAAACCAAGUUACUCUUCUCCGCAUUACUGAUAACCGAAUAAAACAAUGAAAUCAGUUCUAAAUUAUGGU